GCGGCCGUGGAGAGCGGACGCGCCCGCCGCGCCCCCUGUCGGUAGUCGACAAAGUUCAGGAAACCCGCGACUUUUCGCAAAUAAUCAAAUAAAUGUAUCCGGUCCCGUAAAUUGAGUGUGCGAUCAACAUGUAAUUUUGCAAGGAUAUUUUGUUGAGUGCACAGUCGGUGGUGGCGGCCUGGCAUGCGGCGCCCUGCCCGCGCCCUGCCCCCCCCGCACCGCUGCCUCCCCCUCUACGGCCCCUUGAAGAUCACCUCAACCCUCCUCGUCCUACUCGUGACUCUAGUACCUGUCUCUCACACCACUCCGAUGACUCCCAACCUGUUAGACCCCUCUAAUAAUACUGAGAACAUUAACGAUGCAGUCAUAAAUAUUAGUAAAGCUAAUACCUCAAAUAUUGAUGUGGUGAAUGUAAGUGAUAGCAGAGAAUACCAAGCAAAACUCAACUGGACAAGAAGAAAAAAUGUAAACAGUGAUGUAGACUUAAGUGUAGUGGAUAUAAGCAAUAUUAGUGAUACAAUUAUUUAUGAUAACGAGCUAGUCAAUCAUUCAGAAGUCAUAUCUAUAAAUAGUACAUUAGAAAAUGCCGUGAAAGAUGCAACUGACAACGGUAACAGUGUAUAUAGUUUAGCACAAAGUAAUGUCCAAUUAGCAGAAACUGAAAGUUCUAUAGAGAAGCUAAAAGUUGAUGAUGAAGACAGAAGUAAAAUUUACUUUGACUUCAGCAGUACAAUUAACAAAAACACAGUUGAAAACGAAAAGAAUAUUGAAUCAACUACGGAUAAUUCAAUAUUCGCCGACGAUAAUGCACUGUUUGCCGAACUAAAUGAUAAGUUUGUAAAUGAAACUGUGUCAUUUGAUGAUAUAGUUCUAUUAAAUGACUCAGUGCAAGACAAUCAUUCCUUUAUGAUCCCUUCAUCUCCUAUUACCAAGUUCGGAGUUACCCCUCUGCAAACAGCGAAGCCGGGUUUUAUGAGAGAACCGCCGCCCCAGUCUCCGCGCACCAUCUCCAUCCUUGGCCUCUUCGAGCUAUCAGUCGGCGCCAGGCCGCGGCCCGACGGCCGCUCGGAGCUGGCGGCGGCGCGCCUCGCCGUCAACCACGUCAACCGCAGGAACCUGCUGCCGGGAUACGUGCUGCAUCUUGUCACUAAUGAUACUAAGUGCGACCCGGGCGUGGGCGUGGACCGUCUGUUCCACGCGCUGUACGCGCCGCGCGCCGCCCGCAUGCUCAUGCUGCUCGGCACUGCCUGCUCUGACGUCACCGAGACCAUCGCCAAGAUAGUGCCGUAUUGGAAUAUUGUGCAGGUCUCAUUCGGGUCCACAUCACCAGCGCUGAGUGACCGCAGUGAGUUCCCCCUGUUCUGCCGCACGGUGGCCCCGGACUCCUCGCACAAUCCUGCGCGGAUCGCCUUCAUCAGACAAUACGGCUGGGACACCGUGACAGCCUUCUCCCAGAACGAGGAGGUGUACUCGCUGGCGGUCAACGAGCUGGUGACGCAGCUGGAGGCCGCCAACAUCUCCUGCGCAGCCUCCAUCACCUUCGCAGAGACCGACUUCAAGCAACAACUGCUGCUUUUGAAGGAGUUGGAUACACGAAUAAUAAUAGGAAGCUUCUCCCAAGAGAUGAUACCGAAAAUAUUUUGUGAGGCGCACCGGCUAGGCAUGUGGGGCGCCCAAUACGCGUGGCUGGUAGCGGGCGCGCCCCCCGCCCCCCGCGCCGCCCCGUGUGCGCGCGCGCAGCUGCAGCAGGCCAUGGAGGGGCUGGUGCUGGUGGACGCGCACCGGGGGAUGGCCAGGGACCAGGUGUCUUAUGCUGGUUUGACAAACGAAAUGUUCAAGCAAGAGAUGUCCACCGCCGGAGUCCCGAUGUCUCCGUACGCCCCUCAGACGUACGACGCGGUGUGGGCCAUCGCCCUCGCGCUGAGCCGCGCUGAGCAGACCUGGAGAGCCUCCGAGAACCAGGGGAAUGAUGGCAGCAAGCUGGGGCUGGGGUACUUUGACUAUAAUAGGAAGGAUAUGGCUGAGGAGUUUCUGAGCCAACUGGGGAAUCUGAGUUUUUUGGGAGUUUCGGGCCCAGUAUCGUUUAAUGGAGCUGACAGGAUCGGGACAUCAGCUUUUUAUCAAAUACAAGGCGGCAGACCAAAAACCGUGGCCCUCUACACUCACGGCCGCGAGAUCCUCUGCUCCGAAUGCUCCAAGGCGCAGUGGGCGGGCGGCGUCCCAGCCGCGCGGCGGGUGCUGGUGCUCCGAGUGGACUCGGUCUGGGCGCCGGCCCGGGUCGCCGUCACCGCGCUGGCUGGCUGUGGCGUGGCGCUGGCGCUGGCGUUCUUGGCGUUUAAUUUGCAUUAUAGUAAGCGGAGAUCGAUCAAGUUAUCGUCCCCGCGGCUCAACAACAUGACUCUCAUUGGGUGUGUCCUGGUUUACACGUCGGUGGCGCUUCUCGGCGUGGAUAACGCUAUUUUGCCGUCCUAUAUACCGUUCUCGGCUAUGUGCACCGGCAGAGUGUACAUACUAUCGGCUGGGUUCUCUCUCGCUUUCGGAUCAAUGUUUGCGAAGACCUAUCGAGUUCAUCGAAUAUUCAUAAGCAACCGCAGCGGAGUAUGCAAGACCAAGCUGCUGCAGGACACUCCCCUCAUCUCCCUCGUGUGUGCGCUGCUCAUCAUUGACGGACUCAUCGUGACUCUGUGGGCUACUACGGACCCCAUGGAGAGGCAGCUGAAGAAUCUGACUGUGGAGAUGAGUCCUGACGACCGUAGCGUCGUUUAUCAGCCGCAGAUCGAAGUCUGCAAAUCGCAAAACACUACAGGAUGGCUGCUAGCCCUAUACGCCUACAAGGCUCUAUUCCUCAUAGUCGGGGUCUACAUGGCUUGGGAGACCAGAAAUGUCAAGAUCUCAGCCUUAAACGACUCCAAAUACAUCGGCAUAAGUGUAUAUUCCGUCGUUAUUACGAGUAUUAGUGUCGUCGUCAUUGGGACAAUCAUUUCUGAAAGAGCUACACUGGCCUACAUCACGAUCACAAGUCUUAUUCUUAUAACAACGACCUCGACUUUAUGUUUGCUGUUCUUGCCGAAGAUUAUCGCUAUUAGGAGUAAAAGUGAAGACGACCCUGUGAUACAAAGCAUGGGUCUCCGACUAGAAUGUAAGACAAGGAGGUUUGUGACAGACGACACACAAGAGCUACACUUCCGGAUAGAGAUCCAGAACAAAGUGUACAAGAGGGAGGUAGCAGCGUUAGACAAGGAGAUCGGGAGACUGGAGAAAUUACUAUUGGAACCACUGGAGUCGACCAGCAGUUCAAACGCAUCUAUUUCAUUGCAUAGGCGGACGGAGCUAAACACCGUGGAAGAGGAAGGCCGUGCCCAAUCUGACAAGGCGAGGACACCGAGUAUAACAGGAGGUCUACCGAUGCUCCUGCUGUCAGUCCUGCCCCCCGUCAUACCUCGCGCCAGCUGGCCAUCCACCAACGCCUUCGGAGGCCGCAACUCCAUCAGCUUUAGUUCUCAACCCAAACUUGACCAGCGGAAAUCACAGCCAGCAAUCGACUUCUACAAUCUCUGCCUCAAUAAAAGAGAAGAGAACCCUGGUCUGCUCAAACGAAUCAAGAGCUUCUUCGGAACCAGCAGACCAUCGAGCAGAAAAGCCUCGACCAUGUCCAUAGCAGACCCGACUGGGCAAAGCAUUGCGGCGGCACUAAAGAUGCAUGUUGGGAUGAUAGCUGGUCUGGUCCCCGGAAACAGGAAGCAUUCAAUGGUCCUCUCUUGCAACACGCUAAACGUUCCCAACCCAGAAUGGAAGCUCAGAAGAGAGUCCUACGCCAGGAGCGGACCCAUCAUUCGGAUAACAGACGAUGAGCCGACAUGUUCCAGAUACGACACGGACAGGAGAGUGUCAUCAGGGACGCAGAAGUAUGUCGCCGAACCGGAGACGAAAGUGAAUUUUGUGCUCCCAGCUAGUCAUAAGUCGGUAUCGCAUCAGAAUUCAUGUGAGAGGUUUAAAGGUUCACCAAGAUUUCCCCAUAGGAUAUCUCCUUCAGGUAGCUCCAUGGGUUUGGAAGCGAGGAGAAAGACAAGUGCCGAUUGCGUCUUCAGCGUGUCAGCCAGGGUCCAUGAUGAGCAGAGGAGGUAUAGUCACCAGAAUGUCAGCAAUAGUGAGAGCAAAGGCAAAGAUAUUUUGGAAAGCAGAUGGAAAUCUACUGAAGAUGCCAGGCCUGGGCCUUCUGGGACUACGGAAUAGAAAAGUAUUAUUUACUUUUAGUAUAAAAAUACAACUUUUCAGUAUUACUAAACGUAUACAUAAGGUAUUUGGAAAUUUUGAGUGCUCCAAGGAAUUAAUUAGCAAUAAUGAGAAUUGAAAACUAUACGGAGUGCCAAUUUUUUGAGCUUCAUAUCUUUACGUUACUAUACAUUUUGUAGAUAUUUUUAUGGAGAUUUUAAAUGUGAAAGAUAUUCUAUUUAGAUUUUAGUACAUAGGCCUUUAUAAAAUAAAAAAUAUUAGUGAACUUAUAUCAUAGGCUACGAUAUAAUUAUGGUUAUUAUGAUGAUGUGUGUAACUUAAGUUAACUGCUCAAGAUUUUGUUACAAAAAACUUACCUAACUGUUAUCAGUGUAUGUUUAAAUGUCUAUGUUUUAAAUAAUAUU